AUGAAGCGCACCACCCUCAUCGCCAACACAUCCAACAUGCCUGUCGCUGCCCGUGAGGCCUCUAUCUACACCGGUAUUACGGUCGCCGAAUACUUCCGAGACCAAGGCAUGAACGUGGCCAUGAUGGCUGAUUCGUCUUCCCGCUGGGCUGAGGCGCUCAGAGAACUCUCAGGCCGUUUGGGUGAAAUGCCUGCGGAUCAGGGUUUUCCGGCCUACCUCGGCGCCAAGCUUGCUUCCUUCUACGAGCGCGCCGGUAAAGUCCAGACACUCGGUAGCCCCGCCCGCGACGGCAGUGUGAGCAUUGUUGGCGCCGUGUCCCCGCCUGGUGGUGACUUCUCAGAUCCGGUCACCGCUUCCACGCUCAGUAUCGUGCAGGUCUUCUGGGGCUUGGACAAGAAACUCGCCCAGCGCAAGCACUUCCCGUCCAUCAACACCGAAGAACUCGACCAGGUGGUGCAGCUGGUCGGCAAAUCGGCGCUCUCGGACCCGGACAAGAUCACCCUGGACAUGGCGACGCUGAUCAAGGAGGACUUUUUGCAGCAGAACGGCUACUCGGACUACGACCAGUUCUGCCCCAUCUGGAAGACCGAGUGGAUGAUGAAGCUCAUGAUGGGCUUCCACGACGAGGCCCAGAAGGCCAUCGCCCAGGGCCUGAGCUGGGCCAAGGUGCGCGACGCCACCCAGGAGCUGCAGGCCCAGCUGCGCAGCCUCAAGUUCGAGGUGCCUAGCGAUGGUCAGGAGACUAUCUGCAAGAAGGUACGUGUUUGA